AUGUUUGCAUUAAAAUACACAGCUACGCUUGCGACAUGUUUCUGGAGGGUGACUCAAUGCCGACUCAGUUCCCAGAGCUUCGAAUUGCGAGAUAGUAACAUUCGAAGCAUCAACUACAAUGAAAGCUCCCUUCAAGUUGAUCUGGGUUAUGCCGUAUAUGAAGGUGUUGCAAAUUCCACCACCGGGCUGAACACAUUCAAAGGCAUCCGAUUUGCCGCGCCUCCAACGGGACCACUACGUUGGCAGGCACCUCAACCUCCCUCCACCAAUCGCUCUUCAACUCUAUCUGCUUCCGAAUACGGCCCAAUUUGUCCACAGAGCUUCAAUGCGGUUCCUGGAAACGCAUACCAGGAGGGCGAUGAGGACUGUCUAUUUCUCAACAUCUAUGCACCGCCCAAUGCCGUUGGGUUGCCAGUUUUGGUAUGGAUUCAUGGUGGAGGAUACGGCUUUUACAACGGCCAACAAGACAUGUCGGAGAUGAUCAAUACGAACAAUAAUACUUUCAUAGGGGUUAGUAUUCAGUAUCGACUUGGUGCCUUUGGUUUCCUGUCUUCGGAUGAGGUACAUAGAUUCGGCAUUGUGAAUGCUGGUCUUCUCGAUCAGAAAUUUGCAUUCGAAUGGAUACAAUAUCAUAUCGAUGCUUUUGGCGGUGAUCCCGACAGGGUCACUAUAUCAGGAUUGUCUGCUGGAGCUGGCUCGGUCAUGCUGCACGACAUUGCAUAUGGGGGUACACUUGGGACUUCGCUAUUCAGACAGUCUAUCACGGCAUCGCCAUAUCUCCCGACCCAGUAUAGGUAUAACGAUUUUCUUCCAACACAAGCCUACUAUGCAUUCGCCACGGCAGCCGGCUGUCCUCCCACAUACGCGUACGGCAACAGUUCGCAGACCAUAUUCGCAUGCCUUCAAUCGAAGGAGACAGGACUUCUUCAACGAGCUUCCAAUGAUAUCUCUACAUCGGGGACAUUCGGCUCUUGGGCCUUUCUCCCCGUGACAGACAAUUUAUUGCUACAGGAGACUCCAAGUCAAGCCCUCUUGAAACGAAAGAUCAAUGGUGAGCGGCAUCUCACGGCAAACACUGCAGAAGAAGGCCCUGCAUACACUCCUCAAACCAUAACUACGGAAAAUGACCUCGUUGCAUGGAUUCAACACACCUUCCCACUUCUCACUCCCCAGGAUGUCCAAAAGAUUCUAUUCUACUAUCCCAUCGACACCCUUUCCAAUUUGACAACUCUCCCCACCUUUCCAACCGCUGGCGACAAAGGCCCAUCGGCAGUGACAACCAGCCAAGUCGCGAGCGGCCACCAGCAGCGAGCCAAUGCCAUACUCGGCGAAACGACCUUCAUAUGUCCGUCCUACUGGCUCGCAACCGCCUACAACUCCCCCUCCACCGGCCACCACAGCUGGAAGUACCAGUACUCCGUGCCCACCGCCCUUCACGGCUACGACCUAGAAGCCUACUUCGGCCCCGCGAGACGGAAGCAGGGGCCCGAGCUGACCCGCGCAUUGCAGACAGUUUGGGGUAACUUCGUGCGUUUUGGAAAACCCUCUACUACCGCAUACGAUGACGGUUCCAAUCAGACUUCACUUGACAUUUGGCCCGAGUUCGAUGUCAAGGAUCCAAAGAUGGCGAACUUGAAUCAGUCGAGCGGCACGCCGUAUCAGUUCACCGUCGUGCAGUCUCGCAACGACGGUCCGCUGACCGUGAUCGGCGAGGAUAGGAACGUCACGUUGUAUGGCGAACCGGGGUUGAAGAAUGAGAUUAGGAUCGUAGACGCAUUUUCUUGGGAGGGUGGGAGAGGGUACAGAUGCGACUUCUGGAGGAGUAUUGGCGGGAUCGUGCCGGAGUGA